UGCGCCCUGGGUGGCGGGACCGCGUGCGCCUGCGCAGUAGCGGGAGCCUGCAGAUGUGGAGGCUGCUUUAUUCUCUUCUAAAGCAAAGCCAUGACAGAGGAAGGACUGAGUCUGAUACAAUAGGCACCCAAAUUAAGUUUGUAAAGUCAGUGUUAUGGUACCAUGGGUACGGCAGGCCAGCAUUCUAUCAGCUCCCUUCCGAUGGCUCACAGGGGAGCAGGGAGCUGCUGCUGGCAUUUUCCUGGCUUCUAAACAGAAUCAGCUUGCUGGAGCAACUGCUGACUGCGAACAGAGUGAAAAUCGGGGAUGAGGCUUCUGUGUGCAUGUGUGAAGAUAAUCUCUGUAACAGCUGGCAGGGCAGGACUGAAACAGCAUCCAACCCUUGUGUGAAAAGAGAAGUGGAUGUCCGAUAUCUCCAGUGGUUAAAUGGCAGGCUGUGGUUCCAAUGGCGGACUUUGCAUGUUGACCAGCAGGAGCAAUGUAAACUCCUUCAUAAGAUCCAUUCUUACACUAGUGGCUCCCAUAUGGACCAGACCAUUGGUCAUUUCUCUGUCACUGAAACGGAUCUCAUUAGAGAACCAGAUAGCUACAAACAGUUGUUGCAGUUACUGGAGUCUGAAAACUCUCGAUUAGAAGCCUUUCUGGAGUGGAAAGAACUGGAACCAGUCUAUUGGCAGUGGAUGGAAACUGUAUUAGAUACCCUGGCUGAAGAUGCAAAUACAUACAAGCCACAGGAUGUUUGUAAAGAGAAAAACCCAUUGCCAAAUGCUAACUUGUGUUGCCACAGUGCUAGCAAUAUUAUCGGAGAAAUAGACACAUUGACAAAAGAUCUCGUGACUCUACAUGAUGAACUGCAUGAACUGGUAACUUGCAAGAAGUCAGUAUGGUAUGAAAAGAUCGCAGCGAGAGAGAGCACGUUACCCGAUGAAAGGGAGUUUUGUGCGGCUGUCAGGACAAUCACAGAAGCUGUCGAGCUAAAACUAUCAGCUCUUAAAUACCAUUGUGCUCGUAAAAAGAGUGGAAUGCACGGUCCGUGCCGGCUGGUAUUUAAAGACAAGCGUGCUAGGAAAACAAGUUGCCUCAGCUCAGUAUCGAAGGAGCCCAUUUCCAGUGCUGUUCAUGCCAGCGAGGUGAUCAGUGACCUGCGGAUGAAGGAGGCCACGCUGGAGAGGGAGCUGAAGCGGCUGCAAGAGGAGUGCCGACACAAGCUGGAUGAGAUUGCGGAGGGGCUGGUUGGAGUGAUUUGUAUCCCACCUAUGAAGAGAUGAGACCUCCCCAAGAAAGGACAAGGGGCAGAGCUGUUUGAUCAGCAGACACGUUACAAACCAGGGCCCGAGGGUGGGUGACAUGAAGGUCUGAAUGUAGUUCUAAUUCUCAGCCUUGAGAACACAAUUUGUCACUUCUUUGUAAUAUGCUUUGGGGCCAGAACACUGCAUCCCCUUAUUUCUUAGCUUACCGAUUAAAUUCUGCAGCAGAUGCAGGAGGGGGUGGGGUGUUCUUAAAUCUUUCAUCUAGAUUUCUGAUGCUAAGGCCAGGCACGGAGCUUCACUUUCAGGGCUCUCAGUUUCUAGAUGCACCUGUUUGCAGGUCUGCAGGAUGAAACACGAACUACAAUCAGCAUUCACCACAAGGGAGAGUAUUUAUCUCUCUUAAAAGCCCUGCUGCUGAGCAGAGAGGAGUGCAGCCCUUCGUGCUGAAAGGCACGCAAGGCACCGAGAACGAAAGCUGUGUGAAAUGUGUGGGAAAGGCUGCUAGUUAGUUCAGCUCAUUAGAAUAUUGUGUGGCAAAGCCAAGAAUACAUACAAUUAUCACAAAACGCCAAUAAAAGUGAUAUUUUCUAUAUUCACAGGCAUGAUGCUCUUCAAACGAUCAGAUUGUCUAGAGAAACACCCGUUUUUAUUCACCUGCGUACUCAGCUCUGAAGCACCAUAAUAUAGUGUGUGUAUUCAUUAGAGAACGCUUCUGUGCAAUGGAAAUAAGCCCUUACAGUCCAGGCGUUAAGGAACCCCGUGGUCUACCUCUGCAGACUCCCCUCCCCAUUUGGCAUUUGCUUUUUGUUCCUAUUUGCUGUCAGCAAGAAACAUGCUUUUAGCCACAUCAUUUUCCUUCAGAAAUACAGCCCCGCUUUGCUACCGUUUGUGAAUUGCUCUGAUCACAGGGAUUUCUGCCCUUUGCCCCCAGCUCAUCUGCGACUCGAGAGCCAAAAGUGCAAGUGCAUUUCAGGUCAUUGUGUUAGCGCCAUGGAAGUCGUGAGAAGAAGGAAGGUUGGGGCAGAGGGGCCAGGACAGACUCUUCAACCCGCUGCCCUUCUGGGAGUGUAACAUGCUGCCAGAUCUGACUUCUCUCGUGGCCGCGCUUCCAUUGUGUUUCUCGUGUUUUAUGCAGACGACCCCAGGCCUGAGAGUGGGUGCCCAGCCUCGGCCCGGCGGAAAGCCCCGUCACCGACCUGCUUCUUGCUUGCGUGAUGUGGCACCACGGCUUCAGUUUGGACAAAGCAGAGCGGGGUGCGGUGCCGCAUGACGGCUUCAUGAGCCAGUCUGGAGGCUCAGACCUGUGGGCUGCGUGAGCUCUCUGGGCUCCCAGGUAGUGGGGCACUGGCAUGAGCAGUGGAGCCCCUGUGGCCAGGGCCACGCAGACUCUCCCAUGUAGCUCUGGGGCUUGCUGGGUGUGGCCUCGAACUAGCUGUUGUGGAGAGAGUUGACUAGGGUGUGAGCCCCACUGAGGUAGAGAGAACAACUGUAUUACAGAUAGACCCCCCCAAGCCCUUCUCCCACAAGGCCACAGCCUAGUGCCCUGCACAGAGCCGUUCCUGUACUCGGUCGCUGGAACUCAGCUCCGGCCUCUCGCUUACCAGGCUGGGCUAUUGCUUCAUGCCAAGCCUCUCCCCUGACGCUAGCUUUCAUCUCUCGGCUGCUAAUCCUGGGACACAAACUCAUUGCCUAACUGCAGAUAUUUGUCAGUGGGGGUUUAAUAUUCCACUGGCAAUCGCGCUCCAGUCUAGACGGGAACUGGCAGAAGAUGGGUGCCCUGCUCGACCCUGAUUAUUUCCUCUCUGGAGAAAUAUGAAAAUUGGGUUGCUGUGAAAACAGCAACAGUGUCUUGGGCAGCUGUAUUUCCAAGCAAGUGGUGUCAUUGAAGGGGCACUGUCUGAGCAGACACGUUAAAUCCUCUAUUACUGGCCUUGGCGCUGCCGCUUAGAGAUUCUCAAACCAGUCCUUGUACCACUGGCGCCAUUUGGCUACUGUUUGCACCUGAGACCAGCCAGUUUAACUGCUGGGCCAGACUUCCCUUGGCCUGGCAUCGCAUGUGCUCACUCACCCACACGGUGUCUAGAGUGGGUUUAAAAUGCUGCCACCGCCAUGAGCGGGGCGUUCUUUGAGUGCCUGCUCGUGUCCGUUCCAUUGCAGUGUGUGUGUGUGUGUUUGCCCCAGGCACGGUGCCGGCGGUGUCCCCUCAGUGGUAUCCGUGGGACUGCAGCUGGCACUUGCCGAUGGUGGCAACCCAGAAUCACCAGCUGCUUAAAUCUCCAGGGCCAAUUUCAUUUUCCUAGCAAGAUGUUUGGAAGGCAAAUAAUUUGGUCAGCAGGCACCAAUGACAGCAGAGAAGCAGGUUAAGCAUCAGGCCUGGGCAAACGCCCCCGUGGUAGCGUAUUCAGUGGAGACGCAUGGAGUAUCUGCACUGGAACGGCAUAGCCUCCAUGAGUAGCCGCCUCCUGGCACACACUUGGAAGGGGCCCUUCGCCCAGUACUGAGGUCUGCCAAAGGGCUUUCUGGGUUGCAUUUCACAGUCAGAAAUACUCUUCCAAAAAUAGCCAGUCCCCUGCCAUCGCUGCAUCCCCUGAAACUGUGUCUGCUGGCAAAGGGCUCUGGGAAGUAGUUCCUUCCAGCCAUGUACGUUGACGGUGUCCCCUCGUUUCCCUGGACGCUCUGCAUCCCUGCGCUUUCUGGUUAGUUCUCUGAGUGCCCUGCUGAGAACAUCUCCCCGACAGUGACCCACAUGCCCCCAGAGCCUCGGCUGUGGGCAGGCUCACACCCAGCACUGGACGUCCCAGAGUCAAACGGCUGCCCGCUCCCCUACUCCCAGCUCUGCAGGAGGCUGCCCACGUAUUGCACAGUGCCCUCCCACUCUCCCCGUGCUGGGAAACAUCUCUUCUGUGCUCGGUCUCUGUUCCCUCCUUGUCUCUCAGCCCUCAGGCACUGGCUGUGCCGAAGCACUUUGCAUAGGAUCCCAGGGCGGGCAGAGACCUCGGGAAGUCAGAGUCCAGCCCCCUGUCCAAGGCA